AUGGCGCCGAGCACGAUUCGAAAGGCGAUCGGGGCCGUGAAGGACCAGACAAGCAUCGGGAUCGUGAAGGUCGCGAGCAACAUGGCCCCCGAGCUGAAGGUUGCCGUGGUCAAGGCCACGAGCCACGACGACGACCCGGCCUCCGAGAAGUACGUCCGCCAGAUCCUCCACUUCACCUCCUACUCCCGCGGCUACGUCUCCGCCUGCGUCUCCGCCAUUUCCAAGCGGCUCGGCAAGACCCGCGACUGGAUCGUAGCCCUCAAGUGCCUCAUGCUCGUCCACCGCCUCCUCACCGACGGGGACCCCGCCUUCCGCCACGAGCUCAUGUACGCCACCCGCCGUGGGGCCCGCCUCCUCAACCUCUCCGACUUCCGUGACGAGGCCCACUCAAGCUCCUGGGACCACUCUGCCUUCGUUCGCACCUACGCCCUCUACCUGGACCAGAAGCUCGAGCUCCUAGCCCACGAGCGGGCCCGAGCUGGGGAUAGGCCCGAGCAAGAGGCCGAGAGAUCCUACCGUUCUCCCCCUGGAUCUAACCGUGGAUACGUAUACGGAUACGAACAUGAUGAGUUUCGCGACGGGCCUGGCUAUGGCAUGCGAAGGUCGAGAUCAUCUGGGGAUGUGAUGGAUUCGUCGGGCCAGGAUAAGAAAGACCAGUCAGCCACUACUCCCCUGAGGGAACUACAGCCCGAGCGCAUUCUCGGGAAGAUGAGCCACCUGCAGAGGCUUCUCGACCGAUUCCUCUCGUGUAGGCCCUCAGGUCUGGCCAAGAACGAGAGGAUGGUUCUGGUGGCGCUCUACGCCCUCGUGAAGGAAAGCUUCAAGCUUUACGCGGAUGUUUGUGAGAUUCUUGCCGUGCUGUUGGAUAAGUUUUUUGACAUGGAGCAUCAGGAUUGUGUCAAGACAUUCGACGCGUACGUCGUCUCGGCUAAGCAGAUUGACGAGCUCGUUGCCUUCUACAACUGGUGCAAAGACAUAGGCGUGGCUCGGUCCUCCGAGUAUCCCGAGGUGCAGAAAAUCACCACUAAAUUAUUAGAAACCUUGGAAGAGUUCGUGAGGGACAGAGCAAAGGCCUUGAAGAGCCCCGAGAGAAAAGCCAAUCCCGAGCCAUCCCCUAAGGUCGACGAAGAGCCCGUCCCCAAUAUGAACGAGAUCAAGGCCCUGCCCGCCCCAGAACCUAACCAGGCCCCUGAACCCAAGCCUGAGCCCGUCAAGCCCGCAGUUCAGCAGACGGGGGAUUUACUCGACCUGAGGCCCGACGAAGGAGUGACAGCCGACGACCAGGGGAACCAGCUGGCGCUAGCUCUCUUCGCGGGGCCCACUGCCACGAACACUGAUUCGAACGGUUCGUCGGCAGACGUGACGUCCGCGUGGCAGAAUCCGGCGGCGGAGGACGGAAAAGCUGACUGGGAGGUGGCCCUGGUGGAGUCGGCCAGCCACCUGUCGAGGCAGAAGGCAGCCAUGGGUGGCGGGAUCGAUCCGCUGCUGCUGAACGGGAUGUACGAUCAGGGGAUUGUGAGGCAGCACACGAGCUCGGCUCAACUAAGUGGGGGCAGUGCCAGCAGCGUGGCCUUGCCCGGACCCGGGAAAAAGCCCGUGCUGGCGCUGCCCGCGCCAGACGGGUCGGUGCAGGCGGUGGGUCAGGACCCGUUUGCGGCGUCUCUGAGUAUACCCCCACCUUCGUACGUGCAGAUGUCGGAUAUGGAGAAGAAGCAGCAGCUGCUGGUGCAGGAGCAAGUGGUGUGGCAGCAGUAUGCGGUGGAUGGGAUGCGGGGCCAGGCUAGCCUUGCAAAGAUUAACAUGGGAGGGUUUUAUGGGCCGGGCUUGCAGCCAGUGAUGCCGUACGGGAUGCCGCCGGUGAAUGGAGGGGGUGUGCCGCCUGUUGGGUAUUACUAUGCUCCUUAUUAA